AUGCCAAAGAAACAUCCGACUAAAAAACUUAGUAAAACAGUUAGCCCAUAUUUCCAAAACAUAUCAAAACUAUCACAGAGAAUAGAAACUGAUUCUAAAUACUUUCUACCCACAAAAAAACCUACGGUGAAAAAAUCAUCUAAAAAGAGGGUGGAAUUAUCUUCUUCGAUCGAUUUGGAUGUGCUUGCAGAAAAAAAGAUUGCACAGUUUGUACCAAAAUACAUCCCGAUGCCUUCUCCUCAUGAUCUUGUCCAAGAAUCAUUGUAUUAUGAUCCUUGGAAGCACCUCAUUGCAACUAUGUUUUUGAAUCGUACUCGAGGCAGUCAAGCAUUACCAUUUUUGUGGAAAUUUUUAGAUGAAUAUCCAACACCACAAAUUGCAAUUAAGGCUGAUAUCAAUAAAUUGGCCGAUCUUUUACGCCCUCUUGGAUUGCAAAACAUUCGAGCAGAACGAAUUAUAAAAUUUACGCAAUCAUAUUUGAUCAGGCCUAAUUUUUCCUCUCCAAGGGAAUUAUUUGGUAUGGGAAAAUAUGCAGAAGAUAGUUGGCGAUUGUUUUGUGGAGAAAAGGAUGAUGCUUGGAUGAAAGGCUCUGGUUUUGAGCCUGAAGAUAAGAUGUUAAUAUUAUAUGUGGAGUGGCGUAGACAGCAAUAUGAGCUCGCUAAUGGAAUGUCUGUUGAUGGGCAUUUAUCUAUUAGUUAA